AUCUGCUAGGGUUUAACGACAUAGCCAUGUCCUUCGAGCUUCAGGACCCUUGUUCAACGAUUGUUACUCCUGGCGUCAGGCGUCUGCUCAUUUUGCGACAUCGUGAUCAUCUGCCGCAAACGCCCCUUGCAUCAUGCCGAAGUCGAAGAGAAAUAAGCUCGUGACUCUGUCGAAGACGAAGAAGAAGGGCAAGGAGCAGAAGGAGUCGCUCGUGAAGUCUGUUCGCGACUGUCUCGAUGAGUAUGCUUCGCUUUACAUUUUCUCUUUCGUGAACAUGCGGAAUACUAAGUUCAAAGAAUUCAAGGAAAAGCUCAAGGCUAGUUCCAGGUUCUUUUUGGGAGGAAACAAAGUACUUCAGAUAGCUCUAGGGAAAACAGCUGCUGAAGAGCAUAAGGAAGGAUUGCAUCAAGCUAGCGAGCAAAUACAUGGAUUUUGUGGUCUGUUCUUCACCAACCUUCCAAAGUUUGAAGUUCUUAGGGAAUUCCGGGAGUUUGAGGAGUUGGAUUUCGCACGGACUGGCAGCAUUGCUACUGAGACGGUGGACCUUAAAGAAGGACCAUUAGAUCAAUUCACUCAUGACAUGGAACCUUUUCUUCGCAAGCAAGGCAUGCCUGUUCGGCUAAAUAGAGGUGUUAUAGAGCUUGUUGCAGACUACAAUGUCUGUACAGAGGGUCAGAACAUUUCACCUGAAGCCUCAAGAAUACUGAGACUGCUGGGUGUUCAAAUGGCCGCUUUUAAGAUGCACCUGCGAUGUCGCUGGACACCUGAUGAAUUCGAGGUUUUCGAAACAGAGGAAAACCCUCAGUCAGGCAAUUCCUCUGAUAGCUCUUAGGCUUGCAUCAUUACAUUAUUUUCAUUUGCUGUGCACUUCUUGUCAACUUUGUAAGAUGAGGUUGAGAAUUUGUGAACAGUUGGUCUGUUCAUUAUCCUCUAGACAACCGCCUUACAAUGCAGACUAUACUUUAGACUCGCCUCCACUGUAUUAUGAGAUCUUAAACACUGUACGCGUCGAUGCUACGAAGGAAUUUCGGCAUGAAGGAAAAGUACAGGCUGAGUCAGGGAUUUUUUUCAAACUGAUUUUUAGCUCUUCUUAGAUUCUGAUUAGUUUGGGCUCCCAAUUCUCCAUCUGAAUGAACGGGGAGGUGCUCUGAAGCAGAUUUAGUGUGUGCUGCCACAUAUGCGACGUCACUAAAUUAGCGAAAUGUAACUGAAACCUAUUUGAUGGAUCCACCUUCAUCUGAUUGAUAUCUGUCCCAACUUCAGUAAACUCGUACAGAAGAGUUGUCCACA